CAAAUCGAAUUUUUAGAAGCUUGGUGAUAUUUAAACGUACCGUUUUCUUAUAACAAAAAUAACAAAUAAUACAAAUAAAAUUGUUCAAAAUGGCGGAUGGAGAAUAUGACAAGGAACAAUUAAGAAUUCUUAGGAAUGCGUUUAAAGCUUUCGACCACGACGGUGCAGGAUGGAUCGAACAUGCAGAUGUGUCCAGCAUUCUUGAAAUAUUGGGUCAAAAAUUGGAACCGCCAGCGGUUAAAGCACUUAUUAAAGAAGUCGAUAAAGGGACAACUGGUAAAUUAGAUUUCAGCCAGUUCUGUAAACUUGCUGCACGCUUUAUUGAAGUUGAGGAAGAUGUAGGAGCACUUCAAAACGAGUUAAAGGAAGCCUUUCGUGUAUAUGAUAAAGAAGGAAAAGGCUAUUUAACAGUUGCUACUUUGAGGGGUAUUCUUCACGAAUUAGACGAUAAACUAUCGAACCAAGACUUAGAUAUGAUCAUAGAGGAAAUUGAUGCGGAUGGCUCCGGUACGGUUGAUUUUGACGAAUUUAUGCAAGUUAUGACAGGGUAAUCUUCAAAAAUACUUUUCAACAACGUGUAAGCGAUGACGGCCAAUGGACUAAAUACUUAAAAUAUCUUGUAUAAUAUUAUUACUUCUUAUAAGUCUGUAAUCAUAAAUAACAUCUAAUUAAAUUGCACUGUCAUUA